UUUUCCUUGUUAGGAAAACUUCUUUUUCUCCCGUUUGAACGUAGUUAUUCUAAGGUCGAUGAUAUGGUAUAACUUCAGUAACGAAUACUCAAAUCCAUGUUUCUUCUUUGUAUAAAACAGACAUUAACUUUCCUCAACAUUUACUGUCACUUUUGUGGACACCAGUCUGGUAACGAAUAGUGCUUCUUCAAAAAACCCACAAUGGAUUUGUUUUAUUCUCCUACAUUGCGACCCCUUUUUCUGAUAUUUAUCUGCAUAGUGUUAUAUUUCAAGUCCGGGCUAGCAGCAGAAUCUCAUUCAAGUAUUAAACGUGAAGAAAAGUGCUACGAUGACCUUGGAUGCUUCGAAAAUGGGGGUCAUUUUUAUGACCCUUUCAUUCGUCCCCUCGAUGUCCUUCCUGAAGCUCGUGAUGUAAUUGACACGAAGUUUCGAUUGUAUACAACCAAAAAUAAAGACGACGGCGAAAAUCUUGAUGUAGACGAUAAAGGUAGUAUAAUAACUUCUAAUUUCAUCCCUUCAGCAGAAACGAAAAUAUUGAUUCACGGAUACGCAGGAAGUUUAUCUGGUGAAAACUGGCUAGAGGAGGUGAAAGACAAGUAUCUUGAGAAGAAAGAUUAUAAUAUUAUAGUUAUAGAUUGGACCAAGGGUAAUGCUGUUCCAUUUUAUCAGGCAGCGGCUAAUGCGAGACUAGUUGGUGCAGAGCUGGCUCUUCUUAUACAAAAGUUACAGGAACUCAUAGGGAUAAAACCAGAGGACGUUCACAUCAUUGGUCACAAUCUGGGGUCCCAGGUUGCUGGAUACGCUGGAGAGCGGAUUGAGAAACUGGGGAGAAUAACAGCUUUAGACCCACCAGGACCGUAUUUCACGAACACGGCUAAGAAAGUUCGGCUUGAUAGGACCGACGCUGACUUGGUCGAUGUAAUCCACACGGAUAUCAGUGUAUUUCCCAUAGGCGAUAGCACGACUGAAGCUGUAGGUCACAUUGACUUUUACCCAAACGGAGGUGACUACCAACCAGGAUGCUUGUUAGAUCCAAUCAGCACGCUUUUCACCCAAGGCUUCGAGCAAGGUAUAAGGCGUAUAGCUGCUUGUGACCAGAUGAGAGCCAUUGACUAUUUUUUAGAAGCAAUAGAUGGUGAAAACUGUACACCAGUAGGUGUCGCUUGUGACAGUUGGGAAAAUUACUUGGACGGGAAAUGCACGGACUGCGGGGAGGAUGGUCAGAACUGUAUCAUGAUUGGCCCAGAAGCUGAAAUUUUUCGGAAAUUCAAGGAUAAAAAAAAUGGCAAAAAGUUCUACCUGAAAACAUCUUCCACGAAACCAUACUGCUUGCAUGCGUACCAGAUUCAGGUAAGCCUAGUUGAAGAGAAUGACAUUCCACGUCAGCGAGGAGAGCUGCACGUAACUGUGAAUGGUGAGAAAGGUAACUGGCGGAUUCGGACACGGCCACAACUACUUGAACCUGGAGAAAAAUACAGCUACGUCGAGUCUACUACGAGAGAUAUUGGACCCAUAAAAAAUAUUAACUUUAAGUGGGUCAGUCGGGCUCCAACUAUUUUUGAUCCUGAUUUUUGGCAGGGUGAGACGUACGAUAAUGAAAAAGGAUUGCAUUUUGGAAGAAUCUCAAUAAUGCCUCUGAACACUGGGAAAAACGAAAGGCGGCAAAUGACUCCUUUCAUUUUCUGCGCCAACCCAGCCGAAGCAGUGAUGUCCGAUGAAAGUAUUGGAUUAGAACCAGGAGAAUGUGGAGAAGAAACAAGCAUGCAAAAAAUUUCUACAGAUUAACUUAAUGUAUUAAGAUUAUUAAGUGUAACAAGAAAAAAGUGUAUAAAAGUAAUUACUUAUAAAACUUUCAUCUACAAAACUUAUCUAUUUGAUAUUAUUUAGAUAAACUGCAUUAAAAACUCGAUAAAAUCUUAACACUUUCCAUAGAUGGACCUGGAAGAAAGUACAGUUUUUAUCGGGAGGUUUUAAUGUAACUUACGAAUCUUUUUUUAUCCUACGUGUUUUGUAUGAACCGAUAAUUCUAUUUGUGCUUAUAAACUGUGUUAUGCAUGUAUGUUCUUUAAGAGCAUUAAUGUAUUGUUACAGAGCCAAAUAAAUGUUUCUUUCAAA